AUGACCGCGUUAGGCGAUGAUCCCACUACCCAAACGUCUGGCGCGAAUCCGAUUUGGAAGCACCGCAGCACCGAGGUCUCAGGCGAUUAUGACCGCAGGUUGCGCGACGUCGCGAUUCCAACGGAUCCACAGUGUCUUACUACGCAAUGGGACCCGGGAACGGCUAAAGGUGCUCUCGGACGCCUGCUGAGCAAUCGCUUAUUUAGAACGUGGAGGCGACAAAAUAAGACAGGAAAGGAAAACUGA